AUGAGAGUGAAGGGGAGAGCAGCAGCAGCAGCAGCAACCCCGAUACAGACGACGAGCAGCAGCAGCAACACCCUGCUGCUGCAGCAGCAGCAGCAGCAGCAGCAGCAGCAAGCGACGAGGAGGAUGAGUCUGUUGACGAAGCCGUGUCGGUUUACUAUGGAGGCAUUUGGGCUCGCCAGUGCUGCAGCACACCUAGCAGCAACAGCAGCAGCAGCAGCAGCAGAAGCUGCUGCUGCUGCUGUUGAUAAGGAGCCUCCUGAGAAGCAGGGCAGUGCAGCAGCAGCAGCAGCAGAAGCAGCAGCAGCAGCAGAAGCAGCAGCAGCAGCACUGCCUCCAUUUGACUAUUCUGUUACCUUCGAUGAGCGGCUAGACGAUGCUGCUGCUGCAGCACGGCAGCUGUUUGUAGCGGCGAUGCGCAGCAGCAGCAGCAGCAGCAGCAGCAGCAAGCAGCAGCAGCAGCAGCAGCAGCAGCACAAGGGGCAAGAGGAAGGCUGGAGACAAGAGCAGCAGCAGCAGCAACAGCAGCAGCAGCAGCAAUGGUGGUUUGAGUCUGUUGGAUGCAUGCGGACCUAUUUGCUGCAGCAGCAGCAGCAGCAGCAGCAGCAGCAGCAGCAGCAGCAGCUAGAAGAGGUAUCUCUCUCUGUUCCUGGUUGUCUCCCCUUCACAGCUCGGCUGUCUCCAUUGACCCCCAACCCUUCUCUCGCUUAUCCUGCUGCUUUUUUCUGCAGCAGCAGCAGCAGCAGCAGCAGCAGCAGCAGCAGCAGCAGCAGCAGGAGGAACAGCAGCAGGACAUAUUUAGAGGGUGUGCUGCAGCAGCAGUACCCCUCGGACCCUCUUGCGGUGUAUACGCAGGUGGGCCCCUUUGCUGUUGAUGCUUAUGGGGGCCCCCUUUGUGUCUCUCUAGGGCUGCAGCAGCUGCUGCAGCAGCAGCGGUGCUGCCGCGCAGAGACAGACUACCCCCCGCUUAAACCAAUGAACUGCAGCAGCAGCAGCAGCAGCAGCAGCAGCAACAGCAGCAGCAGCAGCAGAAGCAGUGGUGGUGGUGAUAGUGAGAGCAGCAGCAGCAACAAGGGCAAGACCAACAGCAGCAGCAGCAGCAGUGGAAAGUCCAGCAGCAGCAGCAGCAACGGGGACUCCAGCAGCAGCAGCAGCAACAGCAGCAGCAGCAGCAGCAGCAGCAGCGCGUUGCCUGAAUGUAUUUAUCACUUCUAUCACUUGCUGCACUCGUAUGCGGAUGUGUUGUUCCCGCAGCAGAACAUCUACGCUGCUGCUGCUGUUCGUGCUGCUGCUGCAGCGCAUGCACUCAGCCACUGUCUCAAGGCCAGAGCGAGAGCAGCAGCAGCAAACAAACUUGCUGCUGCUGCUGCUCGCAUGCAGCAGCAACAAAAAAUACAGCUACUCAAGGCAGCAGCAGCACAAAACUCCUUUGAACCCAUGCUUCAGCAUCAUCUACACACACAACUGCAGCAGCAAGAGCAGCAGCAGCAGCAGCAGCAGCAGCAGCAGCAGCAGCAGGAGCAGCAGCAGGAGCAAGAAGGAACAGCAGUGCAAAAUGGUGCUGCCGGUCCUGCUGCAGCAGCAGCAGAAGCUGAAGGGGACGCCGAAGUUGCUGCCAGCCCAGCAGCAGCAGCAGCAGCAUCAGCAGCAUCAGCAGGAGCAGCAGCAGCAGCAGCAGCGGAGCAGCAGACUGCUGCUGCAGUGGAGGAAUGGAUCACAUAA